GAGAUUCCACCUUUUCUGCAAAUUACAUUGUUCAUAGCUUAUAUUUGUGGCACGAAAAAUGUUCCCCAACUAAUAUUGGCAAAGAUAUGUAAGCCACAAACAAAAAAAAAAGGAUGAGAGGAAUUUGCGGUCAAUCAUUAGGUCUCACAACAUCAUCAAAUGCACCCAAUAUAAAUAGGAGGCAUCUCUUACAUUCCCAAAUCGUAACACUAACAACAAGAGAAGGAUCAAUAAGAGAAACUAAAGAGAAAGACAACAAUGGCAAAGGCUUUUGCACUCAUCUCCGCCUUUUGCUUCUUGGCGGCCGUUGCCAACGCCGCCAGCGAAUCCUUCACCGUUAACGGCAACGUAUACUGUGACCCUUGCCGCGUCAAAUUCAAGACCAGGAUUAGCGAAAACGUUCCAAAUGCGGUGGUGCGGCUGGAAUGCAGAAACAUGACAACGGAUGCCGUGACGUACUCAAAGGAGGCAACCACGGGCGAGAACGGGUUCUACACUAUAGACGUGGAGGGGGAAUUCGGCGACGACAUCUGCGACGUGACAGCGCUGAAGAGCUCUCGGGAGGACUGCAAGGACACGCGUGGUCGGGUGGACAAGUCACAAAUUGUUAUCAGCAACAAUGCCGGAAUGCACAACACCGUCAGAUACGCAAACCCGUUGUUCUUCACAACGGAAAAGGCUUCCCCACAAUGCCCCCAAGUGCUCAAGGAGAUAGAUUAUGUUCCUAUCGAUAAAAUAAUGUGAUCAUGUUAUAAUUAAUAUGAUCAUAACUCAGCCUUUGCCCCUGAUUAGUUAAUGUCAGUUGUAUUGUGUUGCUCUAACCCUUAUUUAAUUCUCUUGCAUAUCAAUCAUGUCAUUGUUACCAAAAAAAUAAUAAAGUUCAAAUUAAUGAAUAAUGAAACAUCUCCUUGGUG